GGCGUGACCUUGCACUUAAGUUUAUGGCGGCUUGACCCGCCAUUGGUACUGGUUAACAAAUAAAUUUAGAGAGAUGGAGUUUGAUGUAUUUGAAAAGUUAAGUGAACUGGAGACUGAAAUCCACAUUUUGAAGAAGGAACUCGAAGAAAAAGAUGCAUUCAUUCAAAACCUGAUGGACAAAAAUACGGACUUAGAACGCCGUCUACUAUCUCUCGAUCAAAACAGUGUGACCAGUGAAAAUAAUUUAUCACGUGUAAAAGAGAUUGUUCCCAACGGUUCGAAUACUACUGAUUCUAAAACAUAUGGUGCAUCAAUAGCUAAUAUGCUUAAAGAAACAUCGGAAGCUGUUGUACGUAAUACAGGCUACACAUUCGACGAACGAACUGGUUUGUAUUAUGAUAAUAAAAGUGGCUACUAUUAUGAUCCGGAAAAUCAGUUAUUUUACGAACCCAAAACCGGGACAUACUAUAAGUACAAUUCAGAAACUGGUGAAUAUACAAAUUAUACUGCAUCAGAAGACGAUGCUAUGAAUAGCAAAUUCAAGGAAUUCUCUCACCCGGUGUAUGCACACUUACUAAAGGUCAGUUUAUAUCGAGUCAUCGGAUCAUCAGUGGAAAUACAGUUGUACAGAAAACAAUCAAAUCCACUCGAAAGAAACAAACAUUUGACAUUUUAUCUCGAUUUUCUUACUUACGUACUCUUUUAUUUUCAUUACUUUUCACUUUCGGGAUGUAAUUGUUGGGGGUGUUGAAUGAAGAAAAUGCAACAGCGCCACAAAGCAGAAAAAGAAAACGAUCAUGGUUACCUAUCAAAGACUGUAUCUAGACAAAGUCGGUCAACAAGCAGUGAUAUUGGUCAUCGUAGAAGACGGAGAAGUCGUAGUCACUCUGGUUCGCAAUACUGUCGUUCAUACUACAAACAUAGAUGUGAAAGUCCAUCAUUUCAUAGACAUACAAGGCGCAGACAAAAAUCUUACAGAUACUCCCAUCGUUCUGGAAGUUCUCGUAGUGAUGAAAGCCGCUAUAAACGUAGUAAACAUCGGAGAAGAAAACACUCCCAUCGACGCAGGCAUCGAUCAUCUUCUACUACUGGUUCUGUGUGUUCGUACAAAAGUCGAAGUGAGUUCUUCUGAACUUACCGCCCAUAUUGUGAAUUUAUCUUUCAUUUUUUGUGUAUUAACAUUUCUAUCCCACUUUUUCAUCUUUUAAAUUAGUCAGUGCGUGAACAAGUUUCCGCUUAAAGUACGUUACUUUAUUCAAGAAUGCAUUUAUUCAUCGUUUUAUUUCUGUACAUGAGUUUUAUCAAAAUGAUGAAGAGGUGCUUUUUCGCUAUUUCUGUGUGAUGCUUGAUUAAAAAGUGAGAUAUCUGUAAAUCCUAUCUAAAAUGCUUAUUAUUAUUACUAUUACUAUUGUUAUUAUUAUUAUUAUUAUUAUUAUUAUUAUUAUUAUCAGGUUAAGAAUAAUAAUAUGUUGAAUUUUCAUUCAGCAAAUCAGUUUUGUUGGUAUUAGGUCAUCGAUUUAUUUGUAUUUUUCCAUAGAUUGUAAUUAGUACAAUAUUUACUACUUUUCGGUGAAAUAUGUAUAUACUUGUCAAUUAGCAAAGCUUGAUGUGUCUUGUCCUAUUUACAAGAUUAGUAUUUAUGAUACAAAAUACUUUUUCUUUUGUUUAUGAUGGAAAAUAGCGGGUAGCAGUUUCUGGUCUCGAUGGCCAUGUUUCAUUAAUAACAAAACUUUUUAUGGGUGUACGUGAUCAACAUAACUGAUAUUCGUAGUUGAAGUUAGUCCUAACGAUAUUAUUAGCGAUCUAAAUAGUCUGUAGGUGAUAUUCCGUUAUUAUUGUCUUAUGAAACAACACUUGCGGUUACGCAGACUAAUUUCGAGCAGAAACUAUAAUCUGUUAUUCUAGAAAUUUUCACACGUUUAAACACUUACAUUAACGCUAUGGUUUUUACAUAGCUGCUAAUCUACUAGUUUCAUCUCAUAACCAUCUUUCCCUCGUUACUAAAUUGGUCCUUUUAUUUCGACUUGUUCAUUUUUGACAAAUGUUUUGUAAUGUUUUAAAGCUGUACUGUGUUAAAUCACUUCAACAAUAUGAGUAAUAUUUUAGUUACCAGCCGCUUAAUACUUGACAAUUGUGUUGUAGACUAUAUCUCUUCUAUACUUGGUAGCACACAAAUCUUUAUAAACUUUUCAAAUGCUUCUUUAAUCGCACCAAGAUUUACAAGUGUAUUAGAUAAUUUAGAACAAAUUAUUUUGUUCUUAUCAUUUAUUGCUUUUUUUGCAACUAAUGACAUGACAGGAAGUACGCUUAUAUCCCUUAAACGCCGUUUAGUCGAAUUAAAAAUAUUUUCAGAUACAAUUUGUUUUUUGAACGUAACUAGCCUUUGUUUUAGCUUUAAAAGUUCUUUAGAGUUAACAUUUGAAAGCAAACAGUCGUCAAACGGAGAGCUCUACGGAUUUUACAAGAAUCAUCAAGAAAAACCGUAAAAUCUAACUGGAUGAAAAUCAAAGUGAAUGUUGUACAUUAAAUAAAUUUCUGGUUAAAUAUUUUGUCUUGUAAAUUUUCAUUUUUAGCUGCCAGCCUUAUUCAAUAAAUUGAUUUGUGCUGUUCUUUCAAUGACUGGCUAUAACGUUUUAAAUUUGGGAAAUCAUCUGUUGCAGUGUAUUUGUGUUUCAAAGAUACAAUUAUCAAUUGCUCAGUGGAUACUAUCGAAGUUUUUAAAGUAGGAUAAAUGAUUCGACCAAUUACAGAUGUUCAACAAUUUUUUUAUUCAUAUUUCAUUGACUAAUUCGUUAUAGAAUUUUAUUCGAUCUAGUAACUAAUUUUGACAGUUAAGAUAAUCUGACUAGAUCCUCAGCCACCACACUUCGAAUUUGUUCUGUUUAGGGUGAAUGGGUCUAUAAAACUUUUAAACCAUCGAAACGAAAGCUUAGUUUAUAUGUAAUUGUAAAUUCUAACAAACAUCAUUUAUCCUUGUAGCGGUGUAUAUCAGUAUGAUUAGGUUGUGAUAGCGAAUUUCGAAAUCCCUAUUUUUUUAGUAUCAAGUAAGUUAAUGUACGAAAUACGAAUCGUUAAGUAGUUUCUCCUAUUUCUGAACGCAGUCAGAUUUUACAUGUGAUGUACGUUGCCGAAGACUAGUAUGUAAUAUCUAAACCGUCGUACUACGACUCAUGUAAAAAUGUGGAUUCGACUGCUCCCACGGUUUACCGCUCACUGCUUUAUGAUAGGUUUUUAUUCCAAAUUAGCUUCAUCGCAUAAAUUUGAUUUUCUUUCAAUAAGUAAAGUUCAUUUUAGUUUUAAAGAAGUAGGCACUGUGUACAUCUUAGUACAUGGCACUGAAUAUGUACCCGUUGCACACAACUAGUAGCUCAUGGAUGGAGUGAUAUUUACUUUGUACCAGAUAGUUUAGAUAAAAAAAUAGUGUUUUGUUUAUUAAAUUUCAUUUUCCUCUAAACUGUUUACAUUUAUUUGGUACCACGCGAGUAAAACUUCAAUCUUGUUGUGUCUUUUCUUUCAUGACCUUAGUACGUGUAUGUAAAUGAGAGAAUUGAUGUGGUAGAAUCAUAAUUGAGUCUUCCUGAUCCGUUUAUCAUGUUGGGUGCUUAAUAUCGAAUCUGUCAACAAUUUUCGAUCUUUGAAGUAAGCGUAUUGUUUUAAAGUAUCCCCUAGUAGUUAUAAGGGUCGACGGAAGUAAGUAAAACAUAAGGAUUGGUAUAUUAUCCACUUAUUAUUUAUGGGAUUGAUAUGUUUUGGGCCAAUUAUGUUCGAAGGGUAAACAGGAUAGCAGUUCUUCACCAUGGAUAAUAUUGGUUCAAGUAAGUCAAUCAGUCAUAGUGAACCUGGCACGAAUGUGUACAUGUUAAUUCAAAGUAAGUCCCGAAAUUGCAGUCCUAUAUUUCACAACGUCGUUAGCUAAGUUGUUGGGUAGAUGGUCUGUAGGCUGAUUUUCUUAAAUAAUCAGGCAAUAGGCAAUAAUUUGUCAGACAGGUUUUGGUCAUGGGUGUGAUUACCGUCCGAUCUAUACUCCUUAGUUGUGGCAGAAAGGUGAUUUAGCUAACCCUUUCCCAUACUUAUAAUACAAGAAGUUACUUAGUUUUUUAUUUCUUUUUGUAAAGUUACUCCUCUCCGAUAAUCUUUCCUUAUUGGCAACUUUUGCAAACGCAUGUGGAGGUUUUCCUUUGUUCGUAUUCCCUCUGUCUCGAUGUACAUCAAACUUGACAUUUUGUCGCUGUGUUAGUCCUCACGUUUAGGUAAUUGUUUUCAGCGAGUUCCAGCUAUUUCUCGACCACACUUGCGAAAGGCUCUAUUCGGUUGAUGGAAUAAUACUUUUAGACAUCUGCUUUUAUCUCUUAUUCUCAUCGUGUUAAAAAUACCUAACUUGGUUUUGUGCGAUGUGUUCGUCAGUGUAAUACAUUGGUCGAUGUAAAAUCCUUGAGUUGGUUCCUAUUGUUUUAUUUCGGUCUUGUCUGCGGUACAUAAUUUCAUCAUUCACUUUUUAUGUUAGUCAUAAAAAUAAUUCGGUCUAUAGAGUAGAUUUUUCCCUAGGCCGUCAAUAGUAAUCAUUUUCCGGAGUGUAGGGAUGAUUCAGAAGGUACAACUCCCUUAAUUUAUUGUUAAUUGUCCAACCAAACCUCUGCCUAGGAGUCGGCUGAUUCACAUGUAUUUAUCAGAAAGGCAGUUAAAUCAUAAUAAUAGUACCUGGGUUCAAUACUUCGUUAUUUGGGUUUUUUAGUAAAUAACACGUUCGUCCCUAAAAGUUCAUGUUUGUUUGUAGCCCUGUCAUUACAAAAACAAAUCACGACUUGAAUGGAUAUGAAAAAUUUUCCAUCAUGAAAGUAAAUUAUCGUAAAGUUUGUCUUCGUAUUAUUAUUAUUACUUACGUGGCUUUUUAAGUCUUACACAACUGGUGACUUUUUUGAAUCCUAUAAUUAAAUUUGGGGUAUUAGAAAUUGUCGUACUCGAGCGGUUCGAAGGACAACAAUACUUUCGAAAGAUACCAUUCGGAAUAUAACGAUUCUAUUGUAAAAUAGAAAAUUUUGAGUUGCGCGUUGCAAUAAAUGUCAUGUUUCCCCUAUCACAUUCACUCGUUAACCCAUGAUCUUGUAAAUACUGAACAUAACACAAAUAUAUCUUUGACUGGAACGUAGAUGAUUCAACAUCGAGAUUAAAAUAACUUACUGGGAAAAGUUUUGUUCUAGGAUGACUUUUGUCAAAAUAAGGUGCUGUACGACUUGCGUUAAAUUCAUAACUGUUUGAAAUUGCUUUAUCAGAUGUAUGUAAAAUUUCUCAAUUCUCGAAUCGUAUACAGAGUAACAGGAUAACUUGUAUCUAUCUCAAGGUGACUCUAAAGCAUAAUUACGCGUAGUAAAUGUAAUAACACUAUGUUUGAGGUCCCUUGCAAAUUUCAGAAGCUACUAUCUAAUUAGUAAAGUUCACAAACACACAAAAAUACUUCAUCUUAAGUUAGUGAAAUAAUUACGAAAAGUGAUGAACAAGAAAUCCAAAAGUAAUGAAGAGGACGGUGUCAAUGAAUAACAUUAGAAAACUGUUUAGACUCUUCAAAAAGACAUGAAGGUACGCUAAAAAGUCUGGGUAAUGAUCCAUUCGAAAACAAAUCGGUCAGGUAUUAGGUAAAACACUGAAUAGCAAUUUAGUAGGCCUCAGGUUCCCAAUAUUUCAUCGACAAAUUAGAUACGAAAUCGAUAUAAGGCUUCUAGAAAUCUUCAAAGUUGAAAAAGCCAUAGCUAACCAGUAGCGAUAUUGGCUGUGAUAUUUUCUCGAAUUGUUAGUAAAUUCAUCUGUUAUGCCCGGAUCGUGGGUCAUCCGAAGAUUUGCUUGAAACAAAAUCUCCCAUAACUGUAAGAUAAUUCUCCUGGGUUAGUCUAGAUGUCCCGUAGUUUGAUUACAGGGAGUAGAGUGCUCAAGCACUCUGGUCACUUAACUUAUUUUGGCAGUCUUAUCAAACCUAGUGGUUUGAUAUCUAAUGAGAUCUCAGGACGAAUACACAAAACUCACCUAAUUUGUACUGUUGCAAUACACCUGUAACGUAGGGGGGAUGUUCGCCUGCCAGUGAAUGGGAGAGUACACUGCACAGCGGUCAGCUCUGUAUUGUUCUUUGACUAAAUUUAUAACCUAUGAGAGUAAAUAACUCUCGUGUUGUAAGUACUUAGUCAUAAAUGUUUUGUAAAGUUUUAUUAUGUCGUGGAACGAUCGAGUGAGUGAUGUUGACGUUGGAUACCAGGCAAAUAUGGCAAGCUGGCUGACGGUGUGUGUUUGUUUAUGCUCAACUGGCCACCUAAGCUGGCGGUGUUCACUAGAAAAAAGAUUUGUCGUAGAAAACCAGACUGGUCAAACCAAUUCAUGCUUCAGUCGCUGGAGUCAUUUGUUAACGUGGGCCGUGUUGGUUGGUGCAAACUACAUGGUUGGCAACGGGUGGCACUACUCAAGAUUAGUUACUUUGGUGCAGAUUUAAUAAGUUUUGAGUUUUAGUGUCACUUCGUACUUUUUAUUUAUUGGCUUCAUCCCUUUUCUCACCAUGUUCUCUAAUAUCUAGUUUUCUUCAAUAUCUUAGAUAUUACUAUUGUCAACCAUUUAGUUACUCAUUUUACUAAUUAUACUUCGUCACUCUGAUAUGGCUUUGGAAUUUAGACAUGUAUAGAUUUGAUAAGCUCUACUUUGUUUACAACUGACUAUGUCGACAAAGGAACUUUCCAAACCUUAGUGAAGUACAUCCAUGAUCAUUGUCUUUAUAUAGCCUACCAUUGAAACUUGGCAAAAUUAAACAAGUCUAAUCAGUCUCACCAACUGAUGCACGAACAUUCAUUCUAGUUGACCCUGAACAUAAGUUAGAGCUGAAGUAACUUCAAGUUAAAUUGGUCCACACGAUUAUUACCGGAAACGUGAAUUUCAAAUUGAAGCAAUCGGUAAGAGAUCGACAUCAGUUAGUUACUAGUUUUGAUCCGGACACUUUAAAUAGACUUGAAAGUAAUUGAGUCGCUUGUCGAAACCAUCUCAGAGUAAGCUACCAAAUCAUAUACCAGUGGUCUGUAUCUGCACCGCAGUUGUCCGCAAUCAAGAAUAAAAGUCAUUUUGUCCCCAGAUGUCUGUAAAAUAACCUGGAAUUAGUCUAUAAAAUAAUUUCAAAGCAAACGAGCAUAAAAGGAAGUAGCUCUCAUAGACUGCUCUUGAUUGCUGAAUGUCUCAAUUUAUUAGAACGGUUUAUCAUGUGAUAAUCCCGUAGUUCCUAAGACUAGAGCUUGUAAACGAAAACUCUCAUAAACAGCUAAUGUUCAGCGCUAUUAUAUUGAACAGAACUUCAUCCUACAGUUCUUGAGAUCCUGGUCUACUUGAAAACACCUGUAGACAGCAACUCGUAAGUUUUAAGUAUGUAGUUCGGGAUGUAUUACAAUCCUAAACUCCAAUAUUAGGGCUGGACAUUCGUAUUUGUAUUACAAGUAACACUUCAAACUCUUGCCAGACAUUUUGGGAUAUUGCCAUCUAAGAUAAUGAAGUGAGAAUAUUUUUUCGGUGUUUUCGCUCACUUUUUCUUGGGGUGGGACUUUGUGGCCUAUAUCUGUUCUAUUUUAAUUUUUAUCUUGCCUAAAAAUCAAAAUUAGAUGACAUUUAUUGUUCUGAUGACGAGAACUUUGAAAAUGUUCAGAAGUUUCCAAAUGCAUUGAACAAAAUCUGGAAAUGUUUAGCACACUCUUCACAACUCACAUAUAUAAAGUAGUACUACAACCCUUGACUACUCCAAUUCUUGAGAAAAGAAAGUGAAUCGGUGAGAUGGAAACCAUCCAUGUAUUAAGGGAGCUGUAUUUGUCUUUUUAAGUAGACUGUUAACAAAAACUUCGACUCAGGUAAAUACUGAUAAGCGGCUUUUAACGCUUUUCAAACUCCAUCGUCUAGAAAUUUCUUAAGUUUGCUAAAUAAAUGCAAUCAGGAUUGCUUAUCUUAGUGUUCUAAGAGCAUUACAUCGGAACUCAGGCAGUAUCUGCUUCAAGUCAGUUUUGCUGUCUUUAAAAAUGUAGUGUUCACUUGCUGUUUAACGCGUUCAACUUUGGGUUACUAGGUCUCAGUUUCGAACUCCACUCCACCUGGUUCGAUUUGGCCAGCAGAGUUACUUCAUUAGCCUUCUAACUUGUGCCUCCUACUUAAAUACUUGGUGAAUAAGUUAAUCACUUUGUUUUAUGAGAAUGCGACAUUUUUCGUAUUGAUACCUAUACAUUUAGACCUUAUUUAUUGUUUCUUAACAAAGCCUUUCAAAGGCAGUCAGUCAUUCGCGACUGAGAACCUAGCUCAUGCACAUCGGUCCAAGUUGUCACACUCCAUUAUCACAGUGAUAUGAAAUUGUCAGGGCAAAUCACAGAGUGUUAAUGGUAAUGGAAAAAACUAAAUAUUUAAUUUACGAUUUUAGAAAAUGUGAAUCAGUAGAAUAAAAUGUUUUUUAAGGUAAUGUAAAAAUUUAGAAUCUAAGAAAAACAAAAAGUACACCUGCGCUAUUGGGAACUAUUUUAAUCCAUAUCACGCACAAUCUAACCAUGGGUAAUAGUAUUUAUGCUGACCCCAUUCAUGUAAUGGUUUGCCUACUCCUGGCUUUCUUCAAGCCAUCAUUGCGCAUUUAGGUAGCCGGUUGAUGGGAGUACUUAAUACAUAUCCUAACCAUGUCAGCUGAUAGAGAUUUACUACCUCAUCAAUCGACUUGCCAUCCUCACCUGGUACCCUGCAUCAAACCGCAAUUUUCCCCAUAAUGAAUAUUGUUUUUACUAAUAACAUAACUAAAGGCUGUAUAUGUAAACAUCCACUUAAUAAAUAAAUGACAAUUGUGUUGAAUUUAAUGGUGUGUAGAUCUAAAUACUCAACUCCUAACCAUUAGGUCACUACUCCAAAAUUCAAGCUGAAUUUUACUCAAACGUUAUGACGAAAACCGGUAUUUUCGAAAAAUUAGUUAAAGGUAAAGUAAAUUGUUAUAACCUUUGUCAUUAUUUCUACAUAAAUUGGAUUUUCAUGAAUUAUAUCAAGCAAGUAGACAUUUUAUAUGACCGUUUCACAGCUGUAAUUGGAUAGCACUCAUUUUCCACCUUGAAAAUUAAUUAUUUGCUUGCUUUUGAUCUGUUUAAGUUUAGUGGCAUCGUUUGAAAUCAUGAGAAGCCUGUAAUCUUAGUGUUUUAAAUCAAUAAGAUCUAAUCUUAGCAGUAUCUAUGCUUUUCAUAAAAGUACUAUAAAUUGCUUCCUGCAUAAAUGAACACAAAUCUGGCAUUUAUCCUAUUGCUUACAUUAAUUCCAGACAGAAAUUGUGAACAACGAGCACUAGUUAUCAGAAAAUGUGAAUACAAACACAUUUUUGUUUGUUUGUUAGUUCUCAAUCUUCUUGAAUAAUUGGAUUAAAGUAUGUGAAAUUCUUGUCCAACUUUUAUAUUACUUAAUAUUAUAUUCAAUAUCUUAUCUUUGAAUAAGCAAGUAAGAUUGAAAUUAUUUCGAAGUAACUGUAUUAUUUACUAUAGCUGGUUGUUUUCAGCUGGAAGUAUUAUUUAAAAUGAAUGGCCAGUUACAUUAAAGUUUAUUUCUUUCUGUUAGUCGAUCUGUUCAUCAACAAAGUGCUACCCUAGUACAUUUAUGUGCAAACCUUGUCAUUGUUUACCUCAAUGUUUAUGUGAAAAUUAGUGAGUGGAGGUCCUUUGUCUUAAGUUAUGUGCGAAAUCAUUGUCUGGUGUCCUGUAUAUAGUGAAUUGCAUAUAAUGAAAUAAGUCUUUUUAUAUUAUUGUGAUUGCAAGAUCUAGUAUAUUUCUGUAGGUCUACUGUAUUUGUAUCUCAAAUAGUUUAGGUUGUUUGUUGAACACCGAAAUAUUUUCAUAGCCUCAACACAUGUUGAUUAACAAUGACAAUCAGAAUAUUUUAGCAUUUUGAAUCCUUGAAUUAAUAAGACGCAAUACACUUUUGGAUACAUAAUCAAGCUCAGCUUCACUUUAUUCUUAGUUAACAAAGCAGUACUUAUUUUGUGUUAACAUUGAGGCUCGUGUUGCUCAGUUGAAUUUAUUUGACUGAGUAGACUGUUAACACUGGACAAUUAGAGUAGGUCAUUGAAAAACAAUUCUCAAGGAAGUAUAUUUAAUACACCAGCAAAAAUAUUAAUUGUGAAGAUGCCGAUUACGGGCUCAUUCUAGGCCCUGUCUUUUCAUGAUUUAAAUACAGUAGUUUCACGUGAAAAAUAUUACUUCUUCCACUGUCAAAUCUAAUCUUUCUUUGAUUUCUUCAACAUAUCCCACCAAUGCCAAAGAUUCUUGUUCACAAAAUACUAUCUCAGGUCUUUUGAAACGGCGCUUCAAAUUCAAUGGUUAAGCCUUUAAUGUCCGAGCCCUAUUUCAAGGCGGAUGAUAGGCGCCUCCGGAUAAUGUUUUAGAAUCCGUAUUUCCGAAACACGGAUACAGUAUCCCAGUGUGGGUAUUCACUUGACUUCAUGUAACCAGCAUGAAGGGCAAACGAGAAACUCUCAUCGUGUACCUGGUGACGCCAAAGCAACUCUUUGUGAUGUUGUCGGUGUAGGUAUAGUGAAAAGAGAAUAGGCAGUUAUUGAAUGAAAUCCUAUCAACAGUCUCUUGUUUGCUGUUCGUUUCAAUGACACAAUAAGAACUCGGAGGGACAGACAUACUGUUGCCUCUUUGUCAUUGCUUCCUAUAUCUCCAUUGAUCGUAGCUCAGAUGGAUUCAAAGUUUUACGUCAAAUUUUAUCAUUUCCUCAAAAAAGCCAGGUACUCAUAUGCAGUGACCGUCUGCUGCAAUUAUGCUCAAGAAAUGGGUUACUCUUAGAAAGUUGAAACCUAGAGCAUGAGGGAAGACAUGUACACUAGGGGAUCCCAUAUGCCCUGGUACGACCGACGGUUUAUUUAUUAUUUAUUUAUUUGAACACAUGAAUAUUGGUACAGAAGAGCGCCAAUAUAUAUGCGCCACACAAAACAAUGAGAAUUCGAAGAGAAAUAUAUUUUAAAAAAAACUAAGGAGCGCAAAAAGAAAAAGAGAACAAUAACGACGAGAUUGGUGUAAGGUAGUGUGGUAGUAACGAGGGAAUGGAAAGGUACAAUCAGAAGAAAUCCUUCAGGUAAGGGAGACACAACCACUUUUUAUGAAGAAAGUAAAAGAAGGUUACAGCAGGAUCGCCACUGGCUUCUAUUCUGAGCCAUAUCUGAUAACGUCUCUAGCCACUGUGUAGCACCAUCUCUCGGACCCCAACCAGGGAGCCGUGAAGGACCAACAGAAGCCAGUCCUUUGCAGCAUUCUUUCAUACCAUGACACCAUGUCGUGCACUGACCACCUCUCCGCUCUUUCCAACCAGUCCCAGAGUCGGCAAAUAAUGCACGACGUGGAAUUCUCUGGGACGACAUUCGUAGAACAUGUCCAAGCCACCGAGGUCGGUGUUUCAAGAUGGUGACACCAAUUGAAUUAUCAUCUCUGUGCCCGAACACACGAUGCCGAACCUCUGCAUUACUGACAUGGUGUUGCCACUGGAUGUCAGCAAUCCUUCGGAGACAGCGAUGAUCGAACACAGAGAGUCGUCUAACGUCCUCAACUCGGAGAGACCAGGUUUCACAAGCAUAGAGCAAAACUGCUCUCACCGACGCGUUGUAGAUCCGACCUUUUACAGCCAGACUAACAUCACGAAGGCGCCAAAGGUGGCCCAGAUUGGCAUAAGCCACUCUGGCUUUCACUAUACGUGCAUUGAUCUCAUCACAAAUGAUGAACGACCGACGGUGGAAAGAGUUAACUCUCUCUGGAAGUGGCCCAACUAUCUCAGUCGAUGAAGAUUCACAACCUCAUCAACUGGUUUACCAUCAUCCACUAAUACCCUACGUCUAACCUCACCAUCACUUACCCGGUGAUUCCAGCAGACGCCAGCAAUAUUUCUAAGGCAUCUGUGGUCAAAUACUAGUAGCUUACAGUCAGUCAGUAACAACGUAGAACUUCGUACGUACGUACAUCAGUUCGAGUUGCCACACCACAUUAGCACAGAGAUGCAGUUGUCGAUUCAAAUCCCGUAGUGGUAGAGGUAGCAAGAGUAUAAGCAGUAAUCGGGAAGAUUAGGGUUUGGAGAUGUUAUUUAAAGAGUAUAAUCCAGUGAAAUAAAUUUGGAAAGAGGAAAAAAGGGACAUGAAGAAUUCAGAAGAUUAGAAUUUGGGAGAACACAGAGAGUGGAUGCACCUGCGCCAUUGCAAACGAUUUUGAGCCAUGUUUCGCUGCCGUAAAUUAAAACAGAACGGACUGCCGCGCAGUAUACUCGUCCUUUUAUUGAUAGACGGAUAUCUCGUCUUCGCCAUAGGUGACGUAAGUUGGCAAAAGCCAAGCGAGCUUUUCGAAUCCGUGCUGAGAUUUCGUCAGACACCAACCCAUUAGGGCUGAUCAGAUUUCCAAGAUAAGUGAAGUUGUCAACGCGUUGGACUACUUCACUCCCUAUUCGUAGUUCAGGUGUUGACGCAGACCAGUCCUGAAGCAACAACUUGCAUUUAGAGGGAGAGAAGUCAGAUGUUACUGAGAAUAUUUUGGAAAAAGACAGAAACAUUAUUUAUUUUCAGUCAAAGAAAUUGGAACGAUCUACAGAUCACUUCAGGGAAAAGUUCAGUUGACCUCCAGUUACCAAUUAUCUUUGUACAACCUGAGUGGGAAAUUGGGGAGAUUGAAUAGGCCAUAUCUAACCUAAAGCGAGGGAAGGCAAUAGGUCUAGGUGGCCUGGUCCCAGAGGUCUUGAGUAACAGUGGUCCUAUAUUAUCCAAUGAACUGACUGAGAUAUUAGCUAGAGUUUAAGAGGCAAACGCAAUUCAAUCUACUUGGUCCUGAUUAUCGAUCGUCCCAGUUUAUCAUGAAGGACACAGUCAGUCAGUCAGUUCGAGUUAACAUACCACAGCACAGAGAUGCAGUUGUCGAUUCAAAUCCCGUAGUGGUAGAGGUAGUAAGAGUAUAAGCAGUAAUCGGGAAGAUCAGGGUUUGGAGAUGUUAUUUAAGGAGUAUAAUCCAGUUAAAUAAAUUUGGGAAGAGAGAAAAGAGACAAGGAGGAAUCAGGAGAUUAAAAUUUGGGAGAGCGCAACGAGUGUAUGCACCUGUGCCAUUACAAACGAUUUUGAGCCAUGUCAUUCAGGGUCUCUAACCAUCGGUUGCUAUCAUCUCGUGGUCCCCAACCAGGUAGUCUACAUCUACCAACAUGGCUCACCACACUUGUCAGUGACUUCAUAGAUUUGUGCUAUGUUUUGGUCUGGCCGCCCGUAGCUUUCUUCCAACCUACUCCUAUACCACUGAACAUCGCACAUCGAGGCAGUCGGUGGUUGGGCAUACGUAACACGUGUCCCAGCCAUCUCAACUGAUGAAGUUUCACCACUUCAUCAAUCGAUUUGCCAUUCUUAUCUAGUACCCGUUUCCUAACAACUGCUUUACUUACUCGAUGGUCCCAGGAUAUACGAGCAAUGUUUCGAAGACACCUAUGAUCAAAUACUAGUAACCUACGAAUAUCCUCUACUCUUACCGGCCAUGUUUCACUGCCAUAAAGUAGGACGGAACGAACUGCUGCACAGUAAACACGUCCUUUGGUUGAUAGACGGAUAUCUCGCCUACGCCAUAAGUGAUGCAAGUUGGCAAGAGCUAGUCGAGCCUUCUGUAUCCGUGCUGAGAUUUCGUCACACACCAGAUCACAAGGGCUGAUGAGACUUCCAAGAUAAGUGAAGCAAUCGAUAUACUCAACUACUUCACUUCCUAUCAUUAGUUCGAGUGUCGAAGCAACCCAAUCCUGAAGUAACAUUUUGCGUUUCGAGGGGGAGAAUCGCAUGCCGAACAUGCUUGCAUUGUUGCUUAGAGUGGUCAGAAGACUGCAUUUUGUCAGCGUCUUCACCAAAUAGAACUAUGUCAUCGCUACUCGGAUCCUGUAUGUGUGUUUCGGAGACGCAGCACACAUCGAUGGCGCGAGAUUCUAAAGUCCUAGCUAAGAAAGCCUGUUGUCCUAUUUGGCACUGUGUUCGUACGCUAAAAGCUCCUACGUGUAGUUUAGAGCGUGGUUUCAGGAGACCAGGAAUAACGUUCCGCGUACUCGAAUCGUUUGCCCUGGCGGCGCGAGAUGAUAAAAGGACGGGAGAAGUAGUAGCCGUGGAGAUAAGCGAGGUAUUAGGAGGUGUAGGAAGGAUUUGAACGUGACCAACUUUGUCUCGUGUGCUGUUACGGGUAUGAGAGCUGGUGUCACUUCCCGGCUGCCCACACCGUGGAAGGGUAUUUCUUGAGGAACUUGAAAAGGAAUUCGGAUUAAUAUCGGCCAUUACGGCCUGGGAGCGUGAUCGCAGAGCCCAAGGCACAACUGCUUGAGGCCGGUCGCGCACGACUUUUUUGUGGAAGGUUUUUGACGUGUUAGCUCCGUUCUUCAAAGGGCCUUACCGCCGGAGACGGAAAUCCGUGAGGUAAGAUGAGGUGUGACAUUUUUAGGAUCGACCUUUUCUAACCCCUUCCUUCCUUGUGAGAAGGUAGCAUCGCUGUAGAUGCUGUUUGUCCGAGGGAAACACCCUAUUUCUGUCACACCCCUCUACAGUCAGCAGUUCGAUUUCGCCCUCAGACAUUGAGUUGCAGCUUUGUCUUACCGUUCCCUAAUCGACCUGCCUGGCAUGGUAGAACCUACAGGAACAUAUGUUCCAGCCAAUAUAGCUCGGUUGGGUCAUCACGAUAAAGAAGCCCGACCAGUGUGUCAAGGUAGCAGUUACGGUCGGGAUGAAGGACACAAAUCCUCUUCUGAUAACUACAAAUGAAUCAGUCUGGCCAAUGUGCUGUCUAAAAUCCUAUUUUCAACAAACAUCUGACUUAGUCAGAGUUCGUAGAGAGCAAACCUUGGAAAACCAGGCGGGUUUCAGACCUGAGCGUGGGUGCACUGAAUAAGUCAGUCAGUCAACAAAAUAGAAUUUCGUACGUACGUACAACUUCUGACUGUAAAACAUAGUCUAUAAAAGAAGACUGAUUUUGGGAUAGGUUAGCUAAAACCAUGGCGUGGCGUCAGUCCACGCAGUCUACCCGAUCAGAGUCUGUACAAUAACAGUGAUCAGUGACUCGAGACUAUGAGAUGGCUCAGUAUCGUCCACAGUAGUGCAAAUUCAUUCACUCUUUAUCUUCCUCUCAAUCCUGAACCCCAGUAUUCAUUCCCACUGUCUUUUCGAACCCUAUUCUCAAUCUUUAAUGAUCUUCAUUGUCAUUCCGAUUAUACUAUUUUGGUCACUUGUAUUAAACAUCUCGUCCUAAAAUUGUAUGGCAGCUUGGGUCAACGUACAUCUGUCCUGGACUCUAUGUUGAUGUUAACUGGUUAAAGAUGCUUGUGAACUUCAAAUUAGGCCUCAACAAUUCUUCUUACAUAUUAAAGAAAUAUCGCUAAAUGUAUAUUAGCUAAAAGAAAACUCUUAAGGCAUAAACAUUAGUCGUACCCAAUCUUAUAUCUUGUUAUCUGUCAAACAUUUAAAAACCGUCUUUUGAAACUACUGUUUAUCGAUCACUACGUUCACUUUUAGCUUGUAUUAUGGAUGCAUCAAUCAAUAGUGGAUUUAUGAACAAAUAAGAAGCAAUGUUGACGUGUGACAGACAUACCAUAUUUCUAAUAAAGUAAAAACGGACCAUGACCUUGAAGUGUUUGUAUCACUAUUCUGUUAUUUGUUAGUAUCUACGUCUAAGUCAACCAUAAUCAUAGUCUACCAUUUGUACGCCUCAACAGAAAAUUUAGUCAGACGAAAUUUCUCCAUUAAUGCCAGUUAAUAAAAUAUAAGUUAAUCUUCAUGUUUAUGUAAAAUUUAAAUCACAAUAUAUUCGUAAACUCUGUCAAGUUUGAAUGUCAAAUUUUACUGCGUUUUAGGUUUCGACUGAAUCUUUCACGAGUUCAAGUCCCGUUUAAUAAAUAAUAACAAUUGAAACCACAUGUAUAAAGUAUCAUCUGUACUACCGAGUAGUUGGAGGCUAAAUGCCAUAGGUUUGUCAUGAUCGGAAUCUCUCAGUUAUCAAGGAUCAACGAUUCGUUAAAUAGAGAUGACAUAUGUAUCAGUAAACAUCUCCAGUAAUAACACUGUGUUAUACUAGCUAUUCUUAGAUAUGAUUGAUCUUCGUUAGACAACCUUUGAUAACAAGGGAGCGUCCAACAGCUGUUUCUUCGCAGUAUGUGUCUCCAGCAGUGCGCAUUAGCAAUUCAAACGGGGGUUGAACCCGAAACUUUCAGGUCUCGUGGCGAGCCCUUAUUCUGUAUGCCAUCACAGAAGCUUCCAUAUUGUACAUUUUUUGCCAACCCUGGGAUGGGUUGGAAAAUACGAAGACGUGGUCUUUAUAUGACACCGCCGUUGUGUCAAAGAAAUCUGUAUGAAACUGGUAUUUGUUGGUCCAUCACGACUUCCUGGUCGGGGUCCUAGAGAUGGUGCAACUGAGUGGCUUGUUACGUUAUCAGACCGUGACUAAGGACAAAAGCCAGUAGCUGUCCUGCCGUAGUUCUCUUUUACGUUCCUCAUAAAAACGGGAGCAACCCCCUUAAAUGAACAAAUUUUUCUCCUGGUUUUAAUUAUUUAAACUGGAUUGUCUCUUCUGUAUGAUUUUUUUCACAUAUUGAUUUUUGGCUGUGAGAGUAAAUUAAACACUUAGAGCGUAAGUAUUUGAUCAUAGAUAUCUUCAUAGGAUUGCUAACAUAUUGUGGAACGAUUGGUUGAGCAAUAUUGAUAUUAGAUGUAGGGUACCAGACCAGCAUAACCAAUUAGCUGAUGCAGGUAUAAGUCUUCAUCGACUUAGGGUGGCUUGGGUAUAUUUUAAAACAUGCUCAAUCAACUACUUCAGCGGACAGUUUUCUCUGUGUAAAAAAUAUGUUAGAAGAAAGCUCAGGCUAGUCCAUCGAACCAAUACAUGGUGUCAGUCGGUAGAGUCACUUAUUGUUGAUGUGAGCCGUGUUGGUGAAGCAGACUAACUGAUUAGGAUCGGUGCGAUAUUCGUAAUCAGUGGUUGGGGACAUUUUUUUUGAUAUUACUCAGUAGUGUUCCAAUUGGUGUAGGUGUAUUCAAUCUUAAUCGUACUAUGGAUCUUUUAUUCCGGUAUUCCUUCAUAUAGUGUUUUUAUCCGAUUUCCUGGAACCUUAUUCCCACAUUUAUUGCUACUCCAAUUAUAUCAACUCUUUUUUUAAUCACUAUGUUUGUUUAAUCUCGUGGUACAUUAUCGCAACUUGAUCUGACAUUCAAUUUUGGCAGCCUCUACGUUAAUUACGACUUACUUAAACGUAUUAAAUUGCUAAAGUGUUGAAAUCAUUCAUUGUUCGCCUCGCGCUUUAUCGUGUUCAUUGUUAAGUUACUUCUUAUACUUACAAUCCAGGGAAAAAUAAGAUUGUUUUGAAGGCUAAAUUUAUUUAUGUACACUAACAAAUUUGUUAAGUAGGCUUUGAGUCGAAUGCUAGAAAUAUACUACAUAGUUGUGAGAGCUAAAUUAGGUAAAACUGGUUUCAUAUAUAUUUAACCUAAAGUUUAAGUCCCUAGUGUCUAAAAAACUGAGCCAUAGCUUCACUAAUUAUUAUCAAUUUGACUUAUGUUGUUCUGGACGCGGUAAAUGUGUUCCUUAGUUUACAGUAGUUCUAAAAUGUUGAGUUGUAGGACAAAACUAAAGUUGUACUUAGUUACUCAAGUAUACUGGGGUAUUUGUGUACAGAUGCUCUCCUGAUUCUUUUCUUCACAAUCGAACUAGUAAAAACAAUAGUUGAAAAUAAACUCAACUUUCUAAUGAUACCUACUUUCUACUCAUACCUGGAUUCUUUAGUAAAUAAAAUUAUUUCACAACCAUCUGUACCAAUAUAAAGCAAUAUGAUAUUUAAGUAUUAUGUUGUAUGUUAUACUUGUUGCUCUACUAUGAUAUGUAAUGCUCACUGAUGUAGGAGUAGAUUAUUAAAAGCUGGUAAUAAGUAGAUCAUUACUUUGCAUGAGUCCAUGAACUCACUAAAUGUUGCACUGAGCCACGUUAGCUGGUGCUGACUUAUAAGAAGGGGGAUGUUCAAUAGUUUUAAUCGAAUGGUUCUAGAAUGUGAGUGACACACAGUAGUGCAGUUGUUUUCCUUAAUUAUUCGUCCUUUAAUUAUUUAAUGUCAUCUGUAACUUUUCAUUCCUUUUGUUCUCCCUAAAUUUUAUUCAUGGUGUUCGUAUUUCAAUUGAAAUCGGAGUUAAAUCUUUUUUCGUCUUGUUUAUUUAGACACCUUUAUAUUGUUGAUUGGAAACCCUCUAAUUGUUACCCGAUGUUAUGUAUAUCUUAGUCGUCUUUUAUGUGUUAAGAAUAUGAAGUGAUAUCAAAUGCUCUAAUCUGUACUAAUUGGGGGUUUCAUUUAGUGAUAAUUCCAGUUUAAUGUUUCCUUAGGUUUAGGUAUCAAGAAGUGGACGUUUUUAUCAAUCCUUUUUAAAGACAAUAAUAACAACAAAUUUAGGUGACUUUUAUUACGUUUAGUUCAAAUUACAUGUUUCUAGAUUUGUUUAGACGGUGGUGAACGUAAUUCGAUCGGGAUUUAAAUAGAUGCUAAUACAUGUGUAUCUUGAGUACGUGAUUCGAUCAUAGGCUGUUUACUUGACCUGGUUUUGCUGUGCGAUAAAACAGCUGAUCAAGGCUUCUUCGUUCUCGAUAUAUUCCCAACUAAUGUUAGUUUGUAAAUGAGGAACUUUGAAACUAUUUAAAUCUCUCCCUAAAAAAUCUGAUUGAACUAACAGAGUUCACAAUAAUACAACAUAUAUAUGAUAACUAUUCACUCCUGUUAUGGCUGGGAAAAUUCAUAAAGAAUGGUAUUGUGUUUAUUUUUAUUUGUUUCGUGUUUGGCAAUUCUAUUUUGUAUAUAGCAAUAGACUUUCUUGCCUUUGUCUUCAAUAUAAGUUCAUCAAAACACCUCAUGUUGUUAAACCCUUCAGGUAUUUAAGGAUAAGCUAAGAAACUUAUCAGACAUAUUGACUAUAGUCUAUUUUACCAUUUUAUUUAUAUGGCUUAUGAAUAAAACAUGGCGGAAUUUAGAGACAGUUUAACCACGUUUCAAAGUCUACUUGAAAUGUUUUCCUAUAAAUACAAACACGAUUAAAAUUAGAGGAUGACUUCUUUAGUUUGUACCUCCUACUAAGUAAAUUAAUUCAACAGUUACGUCAACGCACAAUUGUCUGGGUCAUCUAAAUAAGUUAUAAAUAACCAAUUAACCGGUAGUACACCAGCAGAGGAAUGAAGUUCCGUGAGCAUAUAGGGAGAAUAUCGCAUUGGUUUUAUGUGACUAAGUAAAAUCUCGACGUCAUCGCACUCAACUAAUGAGGGCUCAGAGAGCUCCCAUUUAAUACAAAAACUUGUCAGAACUUACAGUGAAAAGAUAGCUCAAGAUUUUUAACUCACAGCAACAUCAAUUCUAAAUCAAACCGACUAGACGUAUCAGUUCAGUGUUAUUUGUGUUGAUAUAAUUAUAAGUAGUCAGUUGUUAUAUAGGGUAUCAGUUUUAAAUGAACUAAACAUAUCUUUUUCUUAGUGUUUAUGCCAUUGAAGUGAUUGUUAAUAUUAAAUGAUUUAUUCGGAAAUCCUAAACAUGUCCUACUCAUAGUAAAAAUAGCCUAACCCAAUUUUCAAUGCUAAGAACGUAGCAACACCAAAGUUCUGUCCCAUUCCAUGAAAUUUCUGUGCUGUAUCCUGAUAUCUACUCUCAUAGUCUCCUAGCUAGUCGUAAUCAUCGAAGAGACGUUUUCUGACUUGUCUCAAAACUGAUAUUCUAAGUUUUUUUUUCUAUUUUGUCCCCAUAAUGUAAAAUAUGAUGAUAACCAUAACAUCUAAAAUCUGUCUGUUUGCGUUGGUUGACUCAUAAGGUAUUGGGCAAACUAUACAAUUAAUAUCCAUUAAUUUACAUUAUAAAUAAAAGAGAAAAUAUUGUUAUAAAUGUAAGUAUUUUUAAGUGUUAAUUUAAGACUAAGUUUUUAACAAACGAUUUGGCUGAAUUCAUGAUAAUACAAAUGAUUUAUUCAAUCAUUUCAAAAACCUUAUGGUCAAUCUAGUUCUCUGCUGCUCGUUUAUUUUCCAAAGAUGCAUGUGACAUUAGCUUGUAACGUUUCCCCUUCAAUUCAUGCCUGUGCAUAGGAUUUUCAAAGAUGAUCUCAUAAACUUCAUCAUGGUUAUGGAGAUGUUAUGUCAAUCUCACUUUAAAUGUUGUGAAUAAGAUUUAUUCGGGUAGCUUGAUUUGCUUUAAUUCCAUCGCAGUAUUUUGUGCAAUCAUUUAAUCAGCCGAAACUGUCACUGUUGUUCUGUACCAAUUUCUAAUGUUCUUAUCCAAGGUUAGCCAGCACUGUAACAUUAUAGGAUGUGUUGUUUUCUUACAUUCGAUUAGUCAGACAGCUUGACGCUCAUAUGAAUACAGUAAUAAUCAUUUUAAUAUAUCAAAUGAUAGUAAAUAGAGUAGAAUCAUGAUGACUCAUCAAAUUAUUAGCCCUUUAUGGAAUUCCUGAAUUGUAUGAGUUUGAUCUCUAACAUUGGUCAAAAACGAUUGGCUUUGUUCUUCUCUCAUGUGAAUGAAAGAUACAUCAAAACACCAGUCUUAUUUCUUAGUGAGUCUGUUCAUUUUCGUCAUCUAUCCUUGAAUUUAUUAAAUUAUCUUGAGUAUCCAGCGCCACAUUUAGCCCGGUACUUAUUUCGAAAGUUGAAUAAUUAUCCUAGUUUUCUCAAGCUGAUAUAUGGAUUACAAUACACAAUAAGGGUGGGUGCCGAAAAACACAAUUUCAACAGGAUCUAUAGUGUAGACAUUUCCCAUCAAUUAUUAAUAUUAUUAUCUGACAUCCCCUAGUAGUUUUUGUCUGAUGUCGGUUGAAAUAAAUUGACUGUAUUUAGAUAUUUAACACUGAACUAGUCGUACUUUGAUAGACAGGAUUUAAUUAACAUUGACAACUAGAGAAUAUAACACGGGUUACUCGUCUUCGUUAAUUUAACUCCAGUUGUCAUUUUCCUGUCGACUUCUGAACAAUCUUUCUUUGUGUGCUGGGAAAUGUUAAUCACAUGAGCGCUAGCAUUAGAGUUCUAAUGUAAGGCCCCAAACUGACAAUAUUAGUCUUGUCAAAAUAUCACGGCAAUUGAGAAAACCACUUUUCCAAAAACCGGCAAAUUCGGUGAUUAGUACACUUUGCGAGUGCAAUUUGAUGAUGAUUGCACUAUUAAAGAUCCAUAAAUCACCCUAUAGAUUUUAACGCAUCUCAUUUUCCCAAUCCAUACCAUAGUUUGUUUUUCUCAUUGCUCUCCUGUUAGUGCCAUUAUAAAGUGUGACCAGUGGAAUGCGUCGUAUAAUUACAACAGUAAGAUUAUGGUGAAAUGAGUAAGCAAUGUGGCUUAUCUAUGAACAUUGAGACCUAUGGGUCGAAUUGGUUAAUUUCACUUUUACACCCAAUGGUGUUGAUGAAUCCGUCUCUCCUAAAGAUACGACUGAGGCAAAUAAACUUGGUUUCAUGUUUCACCUGUGACCUUGGCAUAAAACAAGUCAACAAAAUAAUCACCGGACCAAAUCUAACCAUUCAAGGAAAACAUACAUGUCUAUCCGUGCUGCAUGACCCUACGAGACGUGCGGAUAGUGUGUUUGUUCAUGUUUGUUUGUACAUUAAGUGGUUUCUUUUUUAAUUAAUAAUUCGACCAAUCGAAUGACAGUUUUAACGCCCACCUAUUAGAUUUUCUUAAACUUCGAUUGGUCACUUGAGUUUAUUUUAUAUGUACUCUAUCAAUCGAUAAACAUAGUGAACAUAAAGGUCAUCGAUUGAGCUUAGAGAUAAGGUUUCUUUCGAAUAACCAUCUUUGUCUGGGCCACAAACAUCUCUAGAUCAAUAAAUAUUUAUUGCAACAGUCAGUAUUAAACAGGUUCAAUUGAAUGAACCAGUCGGUACUGUGCAUGAAUUAAGUUACUUAGGUUCAAAGAGUGAAAAUGUAAAACAAUAGCUUAAAUGGUCACUUAAUGGGAGAUUAGUUAAUAUGAUAGGCUAUGUUAAGAUGUGAUACUAUGUGUGCAUGUUUAAAAUCUAAUUGUAUGGCCUGAAGAAAUAGUCAUUUGAAAUAAUCCUUAUCUCGAAACUUAGUCGAUGACUGUGUUCACUAUGUUUAUCGAUUGGUAGAGCAUACACAAAACAAACUCAAGUGACCCAUCAAAGUUUAGGCAAGACCAUCUGGUGGGUGUCGACAUGUUUAGUUACCUUAGGGAUAUAACUCAUAACACUCGUCUCAGCAGUGGUUUUACAAUGGCACACGUAUGUCAUAAGUGUCUCUCAGGACAAACCAUGUUGUAUCGUGUAUGUUUAAAUGACAUGUGGCUAAGUUAGUCAUAACUACUAGGACGAACGUGCUCAAUUUUCAUUCGAACGACCCUUGUAGAACGAUGAUCUACCAUUAUGCGACAUACCCAAGCCAACGUAUUCAAAUAACGUGUUGAAAGACGGCCAUAAUAAUAGACUGUAUUUAUUUAUUCAAUGAUGAUUUUUAUUUGUCCAGAAAAUGUUUGAACCAGACGGCCCUAUGUCAAACAUCGGAGUCACUCAAUUUUAAUCGCUGCAAUAUCUUACGAAUAUAAUUUCACUUUAUAAUAAAUCAAAUUAAAUUGUAUUUAUUUUAAAAAUUACCUUUUUUAAACUUAUCAGUGAUAAUAAGAUUUUGUGAAAGUAUGUUAAGUUACCGGUUUCCAAAUAAAUAGGAAAUAAGUUCAUGAGUUAUUCCGGUUUAUGCAUAAUCUUGGAAAGUGUUUUAUUUUCUCUUUAUACUGGUAUAAUAAUAUUAAUAGUAAUAAUGAUGGCACGAUCAAUAUUAUCAUAACAUAUUUCAUCCGUACAUACCUAUAGGAUUACGAAUUUAUCAUUUCAGAUUAAACAUUUAUAUAUUUUAAUUUCAAUUCCAGUACUAUUGAUUUUGCCAACCACGGAUGUCUAAACUAAAUGGGGGAUGUCGUCUAAUUAGAUAUUUCAAACACAAGUUAAUGCCUCUGGUAGUUUGCAUAAACCAUUUUCAGUAAACUUCCAUAUUCUUACUAAGUCUUAUGACUGGAAUAUCUAAUAACUGAGUGAUAUGUAAUGUUAGGUAUUGGUACACUAUUCUUAAUUAUAAGUGAACCUAAAUUUUUUGACUAAGGGAUUUUGUUGUGUUCACCAUUCUGAUUACAUCCUACCUAAGUGCGUCAUCUAAAUGAUUUAUAUCCGAAAAUCAUGUUACAUGGAAAGCAAUAUUCCGAGAUGAAAAAAGUGACGAAAUACCGGUUUUCAAAUUAAUAAUCCAUUAUUUCCUCGUGGAAAUUAAUAUUCAUACCUAUUGUUAGUCUUUGCUUGUUUACAACCAAUCAAAUCGUGCCACCACUUAGGAAUAUUGAGUUAUAGAUUAAAGUUUCGUUGUUGAUUGUGUUUCGACCUUCAGAUAGAAGAUAGAAAAGCUAGACCACAAAUGAAAUUUAAAAUGUGCUGAAUACAUAGUCGUUCUAUUAUGGAACUCAUCUUUCGAAAUUCAUUUUCACUAUGUUAACUGCCUAAAUUUAAUAGUGCUUAUUAUAAUCUAAUGUAUUUUAGUGAGUAUAUAUAUAUCCAUGGAAUAUUUUUGUACUCCUAACGGUUACUUUAUCUUUCUUAGAGUUGUCGUAGUAUAUGAUUACUAUUAUCAUUGACACAUUGUAUGUAUUCCGUUAAUUUAUUUUGAUUUGCACCACUUUACAAAAGAAAGAAAAAAGUAUUCCAAUAUGAUGAAUUCACCGACAAGUUUCAUAAUAAAAUUAUAACAUAUAGUUCUAUCAACUAUGCAUUUAUAUCAUUGAUUUUCUGAAACUGUUAUAAUAACUUAGAGAUUAUGAUUAAUAUUUGAUGAACUACUAAAUAGUUAAGAGUUCAUUAUGUAAAUGAUUUAAAUUUUAUAUAAAAUACUCACAAUUUAAAUAAAAUAAGUUGGAUUUUCUUCUCUCAAGAGUAUCCAGUCAUUUUAUAUACUUUUCAUAUUUACAUAUGUGUUCAUCCAACACUAAUCAAGGUCAUCUACAUUUUAAUAAUGUGACCAAAUAAAAAAAUAUCUAACCAAUGAUAAUCAACUUAUAAAAUCAAUACAAUAGGUCAUUAGGUCGUUCGUAUUUCAAAUAGUUGACAAAGUAAAAAUAUCAUUCAAAAUUAUAAUACAUGUUUUUUUUUUUGAGAACAUCAUACGAAAACAAUAGUAAUAUUGAUAAUCGAGAUCAUGAGUCAAUUAAAGCUAGAACACUAUGGAAAAUCCAGAAGCACUGGAUGGCCGUUUCGUCUUACUGUGUAACUCCUCAGCGGUGCGCAUCCACGAUCCCACUUUGUAAGAUUCUAGCCCAGGACCUAUCAGUCUCGCGCGUUAGCGCUUAACCAUUAGACCACUGAGCUGACCGACAUCCAACGGUGUUAAUGUCUAACUUCAACUAAUCCACGAAAUUGAGCGACACAUCCACCAUUGUCUUCAUUGAGUUGAUAUCUCACAACAGACCCGAUUGAACUCCACUGUUCACUUCUUCUCAAUAGAACUCCAUGAAAUACCUUUUGAAGAUCGUCAUUAGUGAGCAUAUGUGCUUCCAGGUUUUCCAUAGUGGUCUAGCUUCAAUUGACUCACGAUCUCAACUAUUAAAAUUACUAUAAUAUCCACAAAACUCCUGAUAACAACCGUAAUAGUUUAAACAGAGCAAGAACAACAAGGUUUUGUUUUUGCAGAAUAAAAUGAGUUGUUUCACAGUUUCUUAUCAAAUGCAUACAACCCUAAAUUUACAAUUACUAAUAAUAAAUUUAAUUAUAAACAAUUGUUUAGCAUACUUUAGUUUGUGAAGUUUAGAUAAAUGUUCACAGAGUAACCAAAAGUUAUAUUUUGGGAAGUAGUAAUUCAGAAUGGAACAGGUGUUAUAAUUACCAGUGAUCAUAAAAGAGCUUAUGUAAGGGUAAUGAGACUAAUAAGUGAUUAGGUAAUCAUUGAAUAUGAUGAAAGAAACAAAUAUAUGAACAUCAUUAAGAUUAUGUAUGAGAUGAAUAUCGGGAGACGAAGCAAAGAUAUAAGGUUAAAAGUUGAAAUUAAUAAACGUUAUUCGAUGAACUCCCAAUCAUCAUACCAGAGAAUAGUUAACUGCAAUUUUUGUCACUAUAUAUAGAUCAGGUCGAGGACGUUAAUAGCUAUCGAGUGAUAAUGAUUAUUGAAAAAAACAAUAGUAAAGUAAUCAUAAUAAUGGUGAUAAUAGUUGAAGUAUGUAUGAGAAAAAGAGUGACUAAAUUAAUAAGAGGUUAUACAUUCCGUUGAAUGAUGUCAAAAUUAUUAGGCUCAUUGUAAUCAACGUAAAUCAUGAAUGAAGAUUUGACUAAAACAAGUGGUAUCAUGAUAACCACAAAAAGUGUGUUCGAACAAACAAAGCAAACAGUAACUUUUAAAAAGGCGGAAAGGGACAAGGAAGGGAAUUUUAGUGGCGAAGCUGUCACAUUCUCAGUGCCAAGUGAUCCACAAGUUCUUCGUGUAUGUAUAGACGGACUGAAGCGAAAAACAACGUUUGUUUCUAUCAAUCAAGAUCGAGUCCAUCUGUAUAUGUUCAGAGAUUCUCUUUGAUGUUAUCUUCGUUCUUCCAACGUACGUGUAAAUAGGAAGAUAUGAUUUCAGAUAACUAAAAGAAGCCUUUUAGUUGUAUUUGUGAUUAUCAGGUUGAUAUAUCUCAGUUCAGUGUUGGUCAUUAGCCGACGAUUUUAAACAUACUAGUGAAAUCUUUGAAUGAAAGUUUGACAAAUGUUUUCAUUUUACGAACAAUGGUUUCCUACUGCAUCAUUUGUCGACUUAUAACUCUGAUUUAUGAACUGCAUGGGAUAAUCAUUUUCGAUAAAGUUCUUCCGGAUGAAUCGCACUUUGUUGUUUUGGGGAUCUUCGCAACAUAAUCUGGUUACCGUUCAGAAUAUUCUGAUAAGUAUCCUUUCAUAUGCAUUUCAAUAAAAGCUGCUGGUUUAUGAAUAUUACCUUGUACAGAAAGUAGUACAUUAGGUGAUUAAGUCUGAGGAAUUAAUUGUAAUUCGUGUUCGACGCUCGAACGUCAAUUUUAGAUUUAACUUAGCCAGAUUUAAACGUCUAAAUACAUCAUUAUGAUCAAGUUUAUUGCAUAGGAUGAAAGUAACAUUAACAUAUUUCAAAUACGAAGAUAUUUGCGUCUUGAAUCCUUUACAUUUCUAGUUGUACAAUAAAUACAACGACAUAUAAAGUGACCCAAUGAACUCAUCAUCUCAGUACCUGUUUAUCUAUAAUUUCCAUUAAAGUGAAACUGAACAUUUUUCUAAGUGGAGAAACAAUAAUUAUUUUACUCUAUAUUCAAACAAUUUAAUCUUAUUAGUGCACUUUAAUAUAAUGUCAGCAGUCUAUUUUUCUUGUUUACUUCGGUGAUGUAUUGUCAUUUACUACUCUUACAAAGUAUCUCUAAAAACUCGUUUUAUUUUUCAUUUUUUAACAACGUAUCAUAUGUUAAUUAGGGUUUAAAUAUUUAGCAUAUGUAAAUAUUCUGUCAUACAAUUAUUGGAGAAUAUUACUGAAAUAUAUAUGCAAUCUACAAAAUUAUAAUUCCGAAGUAACUAACGUUGUAAAUACGAAUCACCAUGUAAACUUGAAGCUGUUCUUGUAUGUAUGUGUUAAGCGAAAAUUAAUGGAUAUUUGAUAAUAGAAUCCGAAUUUUCUUACUAGAUUUUUCCUUUAUUAAAUAGGAAUUUUAAUAAAAAAGAAUAGGAUUUGAACUGAUCAGACGUUGAUACAAGUGGGAAAUUUGUUUUCCAGUUAUUAUAUUUGAAUAAUAUUCCUAUAAAAGUUAGGUCUUUAUAUAUUUCAGAUUUGACACAUUCAAAAAAGAAAAGAAAACGAAAGAACAGAAGUCCUACGGAUAGUUCUAAUAGCACUACUUCUAGUUCUAAUCCUUUAAAACAAAAACCAAAAUCGUUAAUUAAAGAAGAAGUGAUCACAUCAUUUACUGGCGAUCCGGUUGUUUAUCCUCCAUGUGUACGUCUAAUGGUACUAGCAUCACAAUAUGCUCAAACAGGACAACUUUUUAUCAUUACAAGUCAAGAGUCAACAGAAGGCAAGGGUUGUAUUGGAAAAUCGUCUCAUUUAUGUCCAUAUGCACAUCUAACAAAUGACCCAGAGAUAAGCGAGGUAAGUAAAAUAAUUAUUCAUAAAAAAUAAUCCAUACACUAUGAUAAAAAAAACUGUAGCAUUACAUAAAAUUAUAUCUAUAUACAUUCCUACAUCUGUACCAGUUGAACUACGGAAAACGUGGAUGAUGACAUUUGUGGCGAUGAUCUGUCUGAUGUGAUUGGAUGUGAUGACUUGUGUUUGGUGUGUGAGGUGGAUCAUUGUGUUAUUGUCCGUAUAGUGUUGUUGGGUAUGUAGCGGUGGCUGGCACUUGUUGCUUACUGAGAGAAGUGUUGUUCACGGAGAUG